AUGGCAAGGGCAUCAUCCUCCGACUCAUUCGACACUUCAAACUUCGACGUUGAUUCAUUCUGCAGUAUGAUUCAUCGAGCAAUCCCCAAAGCGGUAAAGGAUGGAAGAUUUGUUUUAAUUGAACCAGAGUAUGACCAGGCUGUUUACGCCGACUCUCAAGUACCAGUUGCAAUGUCACCGCCAAGGGGCUUUGUACCAAGAUUAGCUACACAUGGAUUGAAGGCUCCAAAGUUAAGGAUUCCAAAAAUUAGCGUUCCAAAAUUGAAACCUUCAUUACGUGUACCUAUAUCAGCCCCAUCAGUAGGGGCUCCGAUGUCAUUUACUGUGUUUAAACAAGGUAAUGCUGAAGAGGAAUCAAGUGCUGAGAGAAUGGAGAUGUUUAAAAAAGGCGUACAGAAGAUGUUGCACGUUGUUAAGAAACUAUUUGAGAAUUUGGACCUGGUUGAGGACUUGAACACGACUGAAAACUUGGACCCGGUUGAGGACUUCGAAUGCAUUGAGAACUUGGACCCGACUGAGGACUUGGACACGGCUGAGGACUUGGAAACGGCUGGAAACUUUGACCCGGCCGAGGACUUUGAUGCGAUUGAAAAUUUGGACCCGGCUGAGGUAUUGGACUCGACUGAGAACUUGAACUUGACUUAG